UAAAGAGUGGAGGGGUUUGGAGGAGCCAAGUUUACAGACCCCUACUCACACGCGCACGAGCCUCACUCACGAUCAGAAGAUCAGGAAGACUAAAGAAGCACAGAACUGAGGCUGAGGUGGAGAACAGACCGCCGUCACUGUGCGCAUCUCCCUUUCUCUCUCUCUCUCUCUCUCUCUCUCUCUCUCUCUUUCUCUCUCUCUCUCCGGGGAGUUUCAGUGACUCUUGGGGUUCCAGUUGAGCGCCACACCUCAGCGGCAUCACACGGCGGCGGGACUGAAGAAGACCCCGAUCCGAGAGUGAUGAAGAUGAAGACCUCAGUGGUGCUGGUGAGCUCCAGGUGGGCGUUGCUGGUGCUGGUGUUGGCCGCGUGGCUCGCGCUCUCGGCGCGCGCGGACUGCGAGGUGGAUUGCGCGCGCUGCUCCGGGCGCCUGUGGCUUCAGCAAACGCGGAUCAGCUCCAUAGCAUGUGUGCUGCAGUGCGAGGGGCGCCUAAAUGUUGGCAGCUCUUGGGGCUUGUGUCGGGGUCUCCUGCAGGGCACCGAAAGCACACCACCGGAAGAUGAACGAGAAAUGACAGAAAAUGGGCCCCAACAGCAGCACCAGGAGGAGAAAAAAUACGGGGGUUUCAUGAAGAGAUACGGAGGUUUUAUGAAGCGUUACGGAGGCUUUAUGAAACGAUACGGGGGCUUCAUGAAGAAGGCAGCGGAACUCUACGCCCUGGAGCCAGAUGAUGUCGACCGUGGGCGAGAAAUUCUGUCCAACAGUGACGUAGAAGUUCUGGCUAAUCAGGUGGAAGACGACAGCGAAAGGGAGGAAACCACCAGAAGGGACUUUCUAAAUGCAAGGGGAGGGGCUACAGGGUUAGAGGGCGUGGAGAAGCGAUAUGGCGGAUUUAUGAGGAGAGCUUUUGACUCUGAGGGUCAGAGGCCAUUACAGAAGCGCUACGGGGGCUUCAUGAGGCGAGUGGGCCGGCCAGAGUGGGGGGAGGAGAUCAAACGCUACGGAGGUUUCCUCAAACGCUCCCCACAGGAAGACGAAGAGGAGAAUGAAGAGGACGAGGAGGAGUCGUUGGAGAUGGAGAAGAGAUAUGGGGGUUUUAUGGGAUUUUGAAUUUCUUGCAGACUUUGGUUAGCCAUUAACUGUCGUGUUCUGUUCCAUUCUGUUCUCCAAAUCCUAGAAGCUACCUUGUGAUCACAGCAGAAGUAAAAACAAAACCAUGCUUACAGAGCUGACACUAUGUUUAAAAAAUGUUCAUAAGGUCCUUGUAGUACUAACUGAUGUGAAUGUGAACAAGACACACUCAAAGAGGGUAUAGGGCUUAAUGGUGGGUAGCUUGUUUUUGACAGAUGCAAGCUUGUGCAGCCCAAUUACACAGUAAUAAGAUAAUAACGGUAAUUUCUGUAAUGAUCUCCGGGCUGUCCGUUUCUUCAUUUGUCUUUUAAAUCCUCUUUCCUCAGCCUCACCACAGUCAAAGCCUUUAGUUUUUUACGCAAUUAGUUAAAAGACAAGACUAGCGACAGAAUGAAGUACUGACUAAACAGGGUAGAACACACUGUUUAUUAGUCCACAGCACAGUGAUUCCCCCCUCAGCGCCUUUAUUUCUCACAGUCUGUUGUUCUGGUAUCAGUCCUCAUUUGUCAUAUGUUGUACAGCUUGAAUAAACUGCUCGAAACUGCAACAGAA